AUGACAGAAACCCACAUGGAAUUCAACUGUACUACAAAUCCCACUGCUGCAGAGAUGUUUCAGUAUUUUGAGUACAAUCCCGGUGGUUUGGCUUGCGUGAUACUCGCUACCGUCAUUACCGUAAUCCAGACUAUUGUUAUGAUAGAUGGUAUCGUGUGGAUAACCAAGAAUAUUCCACACAGUGAGAGAGCGUCAUCAAUGAUCUGGAUCUACUCACUGUGGCCGGUGAUGUGCAUUGUCUCCUUGUUCGGGAUAUAUUUACCUAAAGCAGCUCUUCUAUCAAUCACAGCUGCCAAUUUGUUUUUAUUUCCCACCAUCUACAACUAUCUGAACCUGAUGGUGGAUUAUUUCGGAGGUGAGGAUGCCAUGAUUGGAAAGAUGAAAUACUUCCCAGUAAAGUACAAUCGGCCACCAUGUGGUUGCUGCUGCAGCUGCUGCCCGGAGAAAUGCUAUUCACGUGUACUCAAGAAGAAGCAGUACAUUAGACUGGAGAUGUUGGUCAUGCAAAUUGCAGUGAUCAGACCAGCGAUGUUGUUUCUGACUCAAAUGUUCAUCAUUGAUGGAUCAUUCUCAACGAAAGCUAUAUUUGAUCCUGGUCUCCCAGGCCUGUGGAUUACCAUCGUCACCGUAGUAAGCACAAUGACCGCUAUGCAGGUACUGGGUACCAUACAUCAUGCAACCAAGCCUCGUCUUGAGAACUACUCCACAGUACCCAAGUUUCUGGUGGUUCAAUUUGGUCUCUUGAUUACCAAUCUGCAACCAAGCAUCAUCACCUUCGCCAUAGUUGCUGUACCGUGUGCUAACCCAUUCCCUUAUAAGGCAAGGGUUGAGGUCUGGAACUGCUUUCUGACAAUCAUCUGGAGCCUCGUCUUCCAGCCAAUCUGCUUCAAGUUUCUGCGCACGCUCAGAGGGAACAUCCUUUACAUCCCGCCCAAACUACAGGCCAAGCGGAGAAGCGGCGGUUCAGCCGCUGCUAAGUCGUCGGCGUACGACAACGACAAGCAGUCGCAGGCAUUGACGGGGUUGAUUACAAAGCCAUCGGAGAGUCAAAACAUGAGCCCCGGGGUCGAGGUUGCCCGUGAGGCUAAUGAAAUCAUUGAAGAAGAAGAAGAAGAACCAGACGAGGAAACUCCACUGCGCCGGCGCAGAUAUAGCACGGGAUGUGUGGAUGAAAAGAUGGGUCGAUAUGGUUCUGUAAUUGAAGUGUGA